AUGGUCCCGAAAUACAACUUGCAGGCUCUAGCAGCCUGCAUAAUAUCGAUCAGCGCCCUCAGCUACGCAGCCUCACUUGCAUGGGCAGGCUAUCAGCCCUCAAUUCUUGAUUCUCGAACCCCUUCAGAGGCGCCUGGCUGCGAUGGAUCCGGCAUAGUUGAUCCAGAUGGCCGAUGCAACGGGGAUGGACUCAUAGAUAACCCUCCCGACCCCCGGAGGGGAGGUUUCAGAUUCGACAAUCCAUCAACAGACUGCAAGUAUGUUACGCAGAUGUACAUAUACGAUGUCUUUAAGGUCCUGGAGAAGGACAUGGGCAAACUCUUCACGUAUGUCAACAAGGACGUCGACUUCCACGUCAUGGGCCAUCACCCAAUUGCAGGGCAUUACCACGACCUACUUCAUUUCUAUGUGAACGCACUCCGUAGAGCCUCGAUGUGCUUCAUGGACCACCCCGAGUCAUUCGAGGUUCGUCCGCAGGCGAUUCAUGGUGGCUGUAACAGUCGAUGGUCUGUUCAAGAGAUCCGGUUUAGCGGUUUGCAGAAUUCAGGGGACUCCUUUGAUGUGAUUAAUGUCUGGGUAACGAGGUGGCAUCAAGGACAGAUGGUCGAGGUCCGAACGUUUAUCGACCAGGGCCAAAUGACAGAGGUACUGCACAAGAACGAGCUGUGGUGGAAUGCAACAUCAUUUCGGGAGAAUUUGCAUUACAUACCCGGCCCCGCUGGGAUGCCUGACUUGGAUGAGUUGAAAAAGCUCAUGCGCUACCCAGAUGGGCGGAAGUAUGACGAUUUGUAA